GUGAAACGGAAGAAGACGCUCGGCAGACCGGAAGUGAUGACAAAGAAAAACACAGCUUCUACGUUCCCUUUCUCUCCGAAGGGACGUCGCGGACAAACAAACAUGGAACACGGCAAGACGCGGAGUCUCCGGGUGUCACUUUUCGUCUCUUUUGUCUAUUUCGCGACCCGCCUCGGCGACGCGGACGCCAGCGGGCUGCACUGGAGACGGAGCGCCCCGGCGGCGGAAACGGAGGAAAACUACAACAAAUACUACAAUUAUGUGGAACUAACCAGCCGCCUGCGGGCGUACGCGCAGAAGUACCCGCACAUAGCCAACUUGUCCAGCGUAGGCCAGUCCGUGCAGGGCCGGGAGCUGUGGACCAUGCGCAUCACCAGGGACCCCCUCGUAGACUCGCCCGGGAAGCCCGGGUUCAAGUACGUGGGCAACAUGCACGGCGACGAGACCGUGUCCAGGCAGGUCCUGGUCUACCUUGUGGAGUACUUGCUGAGCGAGUACGACCGGGAGCCGCGUAUAGGCGCGCUGGUGAACACCACCGACAUCUACAUCAUGCCCAGUAUGAACCCUGACGGCUUCGAGGUGUCCCAGGAGGGGGACUGUGGCGGACACACCGGGGGGAGGAACAAUGCCAAGAACAUGGACCUGAACAGGAGCUUCCCCGACCAGUAUGAUGGCGUCACGGCAACAGCUGAUGCCAUCCCUGAGGUGCUGGCUGUGAUGAGAUGGAUUCAGGACAAAAAGUUUGUUCUGUCGGGUAAUCUGCAUGGCGGCACUGUGGUCGCCAGUUACCCUUUCGACGACGUGGCUUCCCAUCCGCAGGAAGGGCAAUACAGCAUGUCGGCGGACGACACCCUCUUCCGCUACUUGGCCCGAGAGUACUCAAAGAACCACCCGGUGAUGAGGACCGGUCAGCCCAACUGUACCGAAUCCCCAGACGAGACCUUUGAAGAUGGCAUCACCAACGGGGCGCAGUGGUACGACGUAUCAGGAGGAAUGCAGGACUACAACUACGUGUAUGGAAACUGUCUUGAAAUCACCAUGGAGCUGAGCUGCUGCAAGUAUCCUCUUGCUGCCGAGCUCCGGAAGGAAUGGGAGCUAAACAAAGAGUCUCUCCUGGCCUACAUGGAAAAGGUCCAUAUUGGGAUUCGUGGCUACGUAAAAGACAAGGCCAGCGGUUCAGCCCUCCCCAACGCCAGCAUUGUGGUGGCAGGCAUCCGCCACAAUCUGACCACUGGAAACUAUGGCGACUAUUACAGACUCCUGCUCCCGGGAGUCUACAACAUCACUGCUGUGGCCACAGGGUACACGCCAGUCACCGUCAACAAUGUGAAAGUUUUGGAAGGAAACGCCACUCGGCUUAAUUUUACUUUAGAGACAGUGGCCGUUGAGCAAAAUCUUGCAGGCAACAUGUCUCUGACCACGCCCUUCACGCCGCCAACCACUGCUCCUCCACCAGCCUCCACCUCCAUUACCAACACCCGUGGAACCACACCCACCCAAGUGGUGUCCUCAGCGGGAAGUCCCAGCACGUCCUCCCAGUUACCACCUCAACCGCCGCCCAUUCAACCCCAGGAUUUUCGGCACCACAACUAUGCUGACAUGGAGCUCUUCUUACGCAAAUACAGCAGCGAGUUCCCGUCCAUCGCCCAUCUUUACUCAAUCGGCCGCUCGGCGGAAGGCCGGGAACUCUACGUUAUGGUCAUCUCGGACAACCCUACCGUGCAUGAACAUGGUGAACCCGAGUUUAAAUACGUGGGCAACAUGCAUGGCAACGAAGUAGUGGGCCGGGAGUUGUUGCUCAACCUCAUCGAGUACCUGUGCCUCAACUACGGCACCGACCGGGAGGUCACGGAGUUGAUCAACGACACUCGUAUCCACAUCAUGCCUUCCAUGAACCCUGACGGCUACGAGGUGGCCACUGAAGGCGAUGUAAGAGGCACCAAAGGCCGCAACAACAGCAAAAAGUAUGACCUGAAUCGCAACUUCCCAGACCAGUUUGCCACCGUCAAAGAUCCAAGACAGCCAGAGACCGUCGCCGUGAUGAACUGGCUGAAAAGCAACCCGUUUGUCCUGUCCGCUAAUCUCCACGGAGGUUCUUUGGUGGUCAACUAUCCCUUCGAUGACGACAAAGAGGGGAAAACAAAGUACAGCAAGUGUCCCGAUGAUAAGAUUUUUCAGCAGUUGGCUCGUGCGUACGCGCAGGAGAACCAUCUGAUGCACAGUGGACACCCUUGUGAGGAACUCUACCCCAGGGAAUACUUUGCAGACGGCAUCACCAAUGGUGCCCACUGGUACAACGUUGCUGGUGGCAUGCAGGACUGGAACUACGUAAACACCAACUGUUUUGAGGUGACGAUAGAGUUGGGUUGUGUGAAGUACCCCCGGGCCAAGGAUCUGCCAAACUACUGGGAGCAAAAUCGACAAUCUUUGCUUCAGUAUAUCCACCAGGUUCACAGCGGGAUAAAAGGCACCGUCUCGGAUAUAAGAGACGGUUUGGGGAUCCCCAAUGCCACCAUUCACGUGGAGGACAUCGACCACAACAUCAGCACGGCUCUGACUGGGGAUUACUGGAGACUGCUGGUCCCUGGGACCUAUUCUGUCACCGCCUCUGCCCAUGGAUAUCAUCCUGUGAGGACAUACGCUACCGUGGUCCAGAAGGGAGCAGAGGUGGUGGACUUCAGACUGACGCGGGUUCACUCGGACCUGAAUGGCCUGUCGCCCUCCGGACCCAAGCCCACCCAAAACCCAUCUGAGGAAGAGUUCAAGAGCUUGAUCAAGGACCUUUCUCUCGGCCAGGGUCUAGAACAGUUGGUCCGGAGCACAGACACGGAGAACAGCUUCAGAUUCCGAGAUUACAAGGAGCGGUCUGCAUUCCUCCGAGGCCUUACGCUCAACUUUCCCAAAAUUACACACUUACACAGUUUGGGCCAAAGUGUCGAGUUUAGAACCAUUUCGGCGCUGGAAAUCUCCAACAACCCAGGAGAGGCUGAGCCCUCUGAGCCCAAAGUCCGCUUUGUGGCAGGGAUCCAUGGUAACGCCCCUGUAGGCACUGAGCUGCUGCUUGAGUUUGCUGCCUUCUUAUGUAUCAACUAUGGCAAGAACGCAGCCAUUACAAGGCUCAUCAAUGAGACGAGGAUAGUGAUUGUGCCGUCAGUCAACCCUGAUGGAAGAGAACAAGCGGCCGAGACGCAGUGCACUUCCACACAGGGUUUUAGCAACGCCCACGGCAAGGAUCUGGACACAGACUUCUUUGGCAACGCAUCACAGCGUGUGGUCGAGCCACAGCCGGAGACCAAGGCGAUGAUGGAUAUGAUAUUAGAUAAAGGCUACACUCUGUCUGUGGCCCUCGAUGGAGGCUCUCUUGUGGCUACUUAUCCAUACGAUAAGCCUGUCCAAUCAGUGGAGAAUGAAGGAACUCUGAAGUACUUGGCGAGUGCGUACGCCAACAACCAUCCCAAGAUGCACCUCGGUGACACAGGAUGUUCAAAUAAUGGGCAGACAAGCAACAUUCCAGACGGAGUUAUGAGGGCAGCAGAGAGACAGAGCCACAUGGGCAGUAUGAAGGACUUCAGCAUGGACUUUGGCCACUGUCCAGAGAUCACCGUGUACACUGGCUGUUGUGUGUUUCCUCCAGCCGAGCAGCUGGCCACACUCUGGGCAGAGAACAAGAAGCCUCUUCUCAGCAUGUUGGUGGAGGUCCACAAAGGGGUACAAGGUGUGGUGAGAGACAAGAGCGGGAAGCCCAUCGUCGGCGCCAUCAUCGUCUUGAAUGGGGGAGUGAGAGUGUUCACCGGGGAGGGCGGCUACUUUCGCGCACUGUUGGCUCCGGGGAACCACAACAUCGAAGCGGUCGCCGAUGGCUACCAGCAACAACGACAAGAGGUGGUGGUGUCCUGCUACGAGGCUGCCAGCUCCAUCGUCAUCGAGUUCGACACGGACAACCGCAUCUUCGGCCUGCCCAGGGAGUUUGUGGUGGCGAGCGCAGCCGCCUCCAUGACGGCGCUGGUGGUGACGGCGUGCAUCAUCUGGUGCGUGUGCGCCGCCAAGUCCAACCGGCAGAAGGACGGCUUCCACCGCCUGCGGCAGGACCGGGACGACUACGACGACGAGAUCCGGCUCACGUCCAUGGGCUCCAAGAAGUCCCUCCUGGCGCACGAGUUCCAGGACGAGAGCGAGAGCGACGAGGAGACGCUGUACGCCAACAAAAUCUGAGCUUUUGUCGCGGAAAGAACCGAGCAAUACCGGCGAACUUCCUCUUCCAGACUGACGCGAGACUGGGGAAGACAGUUUUUUUUCAGCGAUGCGUUCACAGCCAGUAAAUCUCAGUUACCUCACCAGUCACGAAGUCCUCCCGAUGCCUUCCUUUGUCACCUAAAAACGGGCAUCGCUCCCCCCGUCCUGCCUCAGCAACUUCCCUGAAUCCAUGAGAAUGCUACAGGAAUGUUUUUUUGUUUCCCCUCCACAAUAAAAGCCUCUGGCGAGCGCAUCCAAUCCCGUGCCUUGGCGUCUCGAAAACUGCGAAAAGAAGAAGAUCUGGAUGGAUCCAAAAGAAUCGUCUUGCACGUUCUGCGUGCGUGGUUCCAUCAAGGGAGAGACUCCAGAGGGCGAGCUCCUUGCACGUGCUCCGCAGGAAGUGCAGGACCUGGGCGACUUUUUUUUUUUUGCACUGAAAGAAGAAAUCUGUCGAGGAACAAGAGAACAAUGAAUAAUCUCGAGAAUGUCUUUUUUUUUUUUAAACUUUUUUUUAUAGUUUUUUUUUUUUUUAAAGCUUGUGUGAAAAUGGCAAGUAUCCGACUCGUUCAUGUCAAAGCCUGCCCUCGCUUUAAUCCAGGAUUGAUAGAGUGACCGAUUUUUGGGGCCGAUAUUUGGCGUUUGGAUUUUAUUUUCUAUUGGUAUCGGCUUUUUUUUUUAAAUAUACAAACCGAACUACAUCAGCAGAUGCAAUAUAUACACAUAUGAUACAAGUAUUUAGAGGAGGUGUCAAAAUUCGAAUGAAUCUCGAUUCCUAUGAUUAUUAAUGGAUAAAAAAAAUUCAUUUUUUUUUUCAUUUUAAUCAGUCUUUUCCAGCCAGACAAAUCAUAUUGUUGUUGAUGCCCAUAUUUGUUGUACAGAUAAGUACUACAAAUAUUGUUUAUUUUAUGGAGGAAUGUAGUUGUGGAAGUCGCUCCCUAGCAGCUCCACUGUACGAGGUUUUAAUGAUCAAUUCUUUUAAAUCAAAGUUCUCUCCAGCAGAACGCGACCUUCCAGUCACGUCCGUAUCCUCUCUCUCUCUCUCUGCUCCCGGCUGCUCACUGUCAAAGACAACAGAUGAAUAGAUUACCAUGUACCACCUGUGAAACCUAAUCACCUGCCAGCUGUGUCUCGCCGUCAGCACAUGCCCCGCCCCUAUCCGAUGGUGCUCCGCCCUCAACACCGUUGACAGAGGCGGUGACCUUUGCUCCUGCGGGCGCCCUGAUCACACUCUCCCUCCACAGUAGUUAAUCAUAGAAAUGGCACCCGUUGUUAUUAAAGUAUUGAGUAUUGAUGAUGAAUGGAGAAUCGUUUUGAAUGGAAUCGUUACCCCCCAGGAAUCGAAUCGUGUGGUGACCAAAGAUUCACAGCCCUAGUAUUUAAAUUAAAAAAAUAGUAAAGUAGAUAAAUAACCACACUGCGAAAAAAAUGCCUCUCGUAAAGAGUAAAAAAAAUGGUAAAAAAGUCAAAAUUGUCUUGAUAAGGUUUAAAAAAAAAAAUAAUAAUUUUUGAAUCAAUCACGAUUCUUAUUUCUAACGAUUCUUAUUUUUUUUUAUUUAUCAGUCUUUUCCACUCUGGCAAAUGAUAUUGUUGAUGUCGAUGCUCAUAUUUGCUGUACAGAUAAGUACUACAAAGAUUGUUUGUUUAUUUUAUGGAGGAAUGUGGUUCACCAUAGAACUGGCACCCAAUUGUUAUUAAAGUAUUGAUUUUAAAUCGAGAAUCGUUUCGAAUCUGAGCCAAAUCGUUACCCCCAAUUGAAUCGUGUGGUGCCCAAAGAUUCACAGCCCUAGUAUUUAAAUAAUUUAAUUUAAAAAAAUGUAGGAAAAUAACCACACUAGAAAAAAAUGCCUCUUAAAGAGUAAAAAAAAAAAUAUAUAUAUAUAUUUUUUGGAAACAAGUCAAAAUUGUCUUGGUAAGAUUUCUUGAAAUAAGUCAAAAAAAAGCUUUAAAAACUUAAAUGUGAUCUUGAAAUUAGCAAUUAACGCUUAGUACCUAAAAAAAAAUAAAAAAAAUUGCAAUUGAUUCUUAAUUGAUUUAAUCAAAAAUCGAUGUAUUUUUUGCCUGUUUUUUUUCCCAGCCAGGCAAACGAUAUUGUUGAUGUAGAUGCCCGUAUCUGCUGUACCGAUAAUACAAAAUUGUCAUCAUGGAGGAAUGUAGUUCAUCAUACAACUGAUAAUCGGUGUAAGUAUCGGCCCUGAAAAACAUUGUUUCCUAAAAAAAAUCUAAUUGAAACAAUUUAAAGCCUUGUCAAGCUGUUUACUGACAUGCACCAUUCAUGUUGAAAUGACUUUUACUGCAAAUUAAUAUCGGCCUCCUUUACUAAUCAGUAUCAGUAUCGGCCCUGUAAAACAUUGUUUUCUAAAAAAAAACCAUCAAGUUUAAACAACUUAAAGUCUGGUCAGGCUGUUUACUGACACGUACCAUUCAUGCUGAGAUGCCUUUUACGGCAAAUGAAUAUCAGACUCCUUGAUAAUAAUCGGUAUCAGUAUCUGACAUGCAAAACAUUUGUUUCCUAAAAAAAAAUUCAGAUUAAAACAAUAUAAAGCUUUGUCAGGCUGUUUACUAACACGUACCAUUCGUGUUGAAAUGACUUAGUGCAAAUUAAUAUCGGCCUCUUUGAUAAUAAUCGGUAUCAGUAUCGGUCCUAAAUCAUUGUUUCCUAAAAAAAAACAUGUUGAAACAACUUAAAGCCUUGUCAGGCUGUUUACUGACAUGUACCGUUUAUGUUGAAAUUACUUUUACUGCAAAUUAAUAUCGGCCUCAUUGAUAAUAAUCGGUAUAAGUAUCGGCUCUGAAAAACAUUGUUUCCUUAAAAAAAAACAUGUUAAAACAAAAAGCCUUGUCAAGCUGUUUCCUGACACGUACCAUUCAUGCUAAAAUAACUUUUACUGCAAAUUAACAUCGGCCUCCUUACUACUAAUAAUCGGUAUCAGUAUCGAAAAACAUUAUUUCCUCCCCAAAAAAAGAAGUUGAAACAACUUAAAUCAUUGUCAGGCUGUUUACUGACACGUACCAUUCAUGUUGAAAUGACUUACUGCAAAUUAAUAUCGGCCUUCUUGAUAAUAAUCGGUAUCAGUAUCGGUCCUUAAAAACAUUCUUUCCUUAAAAGAAAUCAUUCUGAAACCAAAAGCCUUGUCAAGCUGUUUCCUGACAUGUACCGUUCAUGUUCAAAUAACUUUUGCUGCAAAUUAACAUCGGCCUCCUUACUACAAGUAAUCGGUAUCAGUAUCGGCCCUGAAAACAUUGUUUCCUAAAAAAAAUCAAGUUAAAACAACUUAAAGACUUGUCAAACUGUUUACUGACAUGUACCAUUCAUGUUGAAAUGACUUACUGAAAGUUAAUAUUGGCCUCCUUGAUAAUAAUCGGUAUCAGUAUCGGUCCCAAAUAAUUGUUUCCUUAAAAAAACAUGCUGAAACAACUUAAAGCCUUGUCAGGCUGUUUACUGACAUGUACCGUUUAUGAUGAAAUGACUUUUACUGCAAAUUAAUAUCGGCAUCCUUGAUAAUAAUUGGUAUAAGUAUCGGCUCUGAAAAAUAUUGUUUCCUUAAAAAAAAAACACAUGUUAAAACAAAAAGCCUUGUCAAGCUGUUUACUGACACGUACCAUUCAUGUUAAAAUAACUUUUGCUGCAAAUUAACAUCGGCCUCCUUACUACUAAUAAUCGGUAUCAGUAUCGGCCCUGAAAACAUUGUUUCCUGAAAAAAAAUGAAGUUGAAACAACUUAAAUCCUUGUCAGACUGCUUACUGACACGUACCAUUCAUGUUAAAAUAACUUACUGCAAAUUAAUAUUGGCCUCCUUGAUAAUAAUCGGUAUCAGUAUCGGUCCUGAAAACAUUGUUUCCUAAAAAAAAUCAAGUUAAAACAACUUAAAGACUUGUUAAACUGUUUACUGACAUGUACCAUUCAUGUUGAAAUGACUUACUGCAAGUUAAUAUUGGCCUCCUUGAUAAUAAUCGGUAUCAGUAUCGGUCCCAAAUCAUUGUUUCCUUAAAAAAAACAUGCUGAAAUAACUUAAAGCCUUGUCAGGCUGUUUACUGACAUGUACCGUUUAUGAUGAAAUGACUUUUACUGCAAAUUAAUAUCGGCAUCCUUGAUAAUAAUCGGUAUCAGUAUCGGCUCUAAAAAACAUUCUUUCCUUAAAAAAAAAUCAUUCUGAAACCAAAAGCCUUGUCGAGCUGUUUCCUGACAUGUACCGUUCAUGUUGAAAUAACUUUUGCUGCAAAUUAACAUUGGCCUCCUUACUACAAGUAAUCGGUAUCAGUAUCGGCCCUGAAAACAUUGUUUCCUGAAAAAAAAUGAAGUUGAAACAACUUAAAUCCUUGUCAGGCUGCUUAUUGACACGUACCAUUCAUGUUGAAAUGACUUACUGCAAAUUAAUAUCGGCCUCCUUGAUAAUAAUCGGUAUCAGUAUCAGUCCUGAAAACAUUGUUUCCUAAAAAAAAUCAAGUUAAAACAACUUAAAGACUUGUUAAACUGUUUACUGACAUGUACCAUUCAUGUUGAAAUGACUUACUGCAAGUUAAUAUUGGCCUCCUUCCUAAUAAUCGGUAUCAGUAUCGGUCCCAAAUCAUUGUUUCCUUAAAAAAAACAUGCUGAAAUAACUUAAAGCCUUGUCAGGCUGUUUACUGACAUGUACCGUUUGUUGAAAUUACUUUUACUGCUAAUUAAUAUCGGCAUCCUUGAUUAUAAUCGGUAUCAGUAUCGGCUCUGAAAACAUUCUUUCCUUAAAAAAAACCCAUUCUGAAACCAAAAGCCUUGUCAAGCUGUUUCCUGACAUGUACCGUUCAUGUUGAAAUAACUUUUACUGCAAAUUAACAUCGGCCUCCUUACUACUAAUAAUCGGUAUCAGUAUUGGCCGUGAAAACAUUGUUUCCUGAAAAAAAAUGAAGUUGAAACAACUUCAAUCCUUGUCAGGCUGCUUAUUGACACGUACCAUUCAUGUUGAAAUGACUUACUGCAAAUUAAUAUUGGCCUCCUUGAUAAUAAUCGGUAUCAGUAUCGGUCCUGAAAACAUUUUCCUAAAAAAAAUCAAGGUAAAACAACUUAAAGACUUGUUAAACUGUUUACUGACAUGUACCAUUCAUGUUGAAAUGACUUACUGCAAGUUAAUAUUGGCCUCCUUGAUAAUAAUCGGUAUCAGUAUCGGUCCCAAAUCAUUGUUUCCUUAAAAAAAACAUGCUGAAAUAACUUAAAGCCUUGAUAGGCUGUUUACUGACAUGUACCGUUUGUUGAAAUUACUUUUACUACAAAUUAAUAUUGGCAUCCUUGAUAAUAAUCGGUAUCAGUAUCGGCUCUGAAAAACAUUCUUUCCUUAAAAAAACAUCCUGAAACAAAAAGCCUUGUCAAGCUGUUUCCUGACAUGUACCAUUCAUGCUAAAAUAACUUUUACUGCAAAUUAACAUUGGCCUCCUUACUAUUAGUAAUCGGUAUCAGUAUCGGCCCUGAAAACAUUGUUUCCUGAAAAAAAAUGCAGUUGAAACAACUUAAAUCCUUGUCAGGCUGCUUAUUGACACGUACCAUUCAUGUUGAAAUGACUUACUGCAAAUUAAUAUCGUCCCCCUUGAUAAUAAUCGGUAUCAGUAUCGGUCCUGAAAACAUUGUUUCCUAAAAAAAAAGAAGUUAAAAAAACUUAAAGCUUUGUCAAACUGUUUACUGACGUGUACAAUUCAUGUUGAAAUUACUUUUACUGCAAAUUACUAUCGGCCUCCUUGACUACUACUAAUCGGUAUCAGUAUCGGCCCUGAAAAAAGCCAUAUCGCUCGAUCUCUCGUCCAGAUGUUAUCGGAAAGACCUCAUCUCUGGAAUUAGACCUUGGUGUCGGUGCGUCCACGAGUGACUGUGACGAUGACCUUCUAGAAGGUUCCACAGUGCAGUGAGAGUUUAUUGAUGAAAUGUCAAACCAAAUCAUCGCUUCUUAAAGUGUCAAAUGUGACAUGUUGUCUAAGACUUGCCUUCAUGUCCACUUUCUCUCCCCCCCCCC